UGUCCUCACCGUCCCUGUCUUGUCUUGUCUUGGUCUUUGUUUCUUUUUCUCUCUCCACCGAGUUUUAUCCUUUUAUGUACAGCUGCACAGCUGCACAGCUGCAUCAUCGCUGCACCAUCGCUGCACCACCAUCACAUUAUAUACCGGGCUCCCACACGACAGCCUACCAAGUCUUGUACAUUUUUGGAACAUUGACCCCAGUCUGCCGCAUAACACAUAAUACCCUACACAAAAGAUGCUGCAGCUCACACCACAGGACCCGGAAGCGCUCCGGAGUGGACGUUCAGACUCUGCAGCCCGCGGAUUCCAGACACGACCAAGCGGCAGCAGCUCCGCCGGCGCAUCAGCGACGUCGACGACGCUGUACACGAGGACGCGCGACGGGUUCCUCACCUACUGCAAGCCGGCAGACAUACCCCUGAGCGCGGCGCUGCUGGCGUGGCGGCUCCUGGUGGCCCGGUCCGGCGAGGAGGACGGCGUCGAGGCGCUGAGGCUCGGUCGCUACGUCGAGGAUUGGACGUCGCACCGCGACUCGCCGACCACGCGGUCCGACGGCGGGGCCCAGACCUUCACGGCCCAAGUGGCCAAGUUCAUGGUCGCGCCCGGUGCGACCAUUCAAGAGGCCCACGCGGAGGCAGAGCGGCUCGUCCAAGGCACCCUCGGCAGAGCGGAUGAGAGGGUCGGGGCCAACAGUACUGUAUACUUUACCGAUGCGGCGCAGUCGGAUGGUAGAAAGGGGGCGGUUUCUCAGAUUGCUUAUAAUGUUUGUAUCAAACUCAAGACGUCGCCCGGACAACUGGUCAUCUCGUUCGAAUGGACAAAUUCGGAAAUCACACGCUGGUGGGCCGGCAGGGCACUGCAGGCCUACACAAGAUACCUCACAGCCAUACUCUCACAAGUCAUCAUGUCCAAGCCAGGCACAUCCGUGGACGGCCAGCCCGGCUCGGCUCGUCUGGUCUGGGACCUCAUCGGUCCCUCCAACGAGGACCUGAACCAGAUUUGGUUCUGGAACGCCUCGAUGCCGCCGACGGUCGAGCGGUGCAUACACGACCUCGUCUCGGAGCGAAGCAUCAGCACCCCUGACAAAGUGGCAGUGCAGGCCUGGGACGGCGAGUUUACAUACCGCGAGCUCGAGUCGCUGAGCAACACGAUAGCCCGCCAGCUUCGCGCGCAGGCCGGCGUGCGCGUCGGCGACAUCGUGAUGCUCGUCUUUGAAAAGUCCCGCUGGACCACGCCGGCGCUGCUCGGCGUCCUCAAGUCUGGAGCGGCGUUCGUCUUGACGGACCCGGCGCAGCCAGAGGCGAGGCUCAAGACCAUCGCGUCCCAGACGGGCGCCAAGGCCGUCGUCUGCUCCAAGCUGCAGGCCGACCUGGCACGGCGCAUUGCCCAGGACGGGGACGAGGAGUGCAGCCGGCAAGACAAAAAGCAAAAGCAAAAGCAAAAGCAAAAGCCCGCCGUGGUCCUCGUCGCGUCCGACGACACGACGCUGCAGCACGCCGGCUGGGGAGUGGGGGCGUCGGCGGGCUUCCUCCCGGUGGUGCCGGCCGACAGCGCCAUGUACGUCAUCUUCACGUCGGGCAGCACGGGGGUGCCCAAGGGGGUGGUGUGCAGCCACGCCAACUUCGUGUCGGGGGCGAUCCCGCGGGCGGAGGCGGUGGGCUACGGCGAGACGAGCCGCGUGUUCGAGUUCGCCAGCUACGCGUUCGACGUCAGCAUCGACUGCAUGCUGUGCACGCUGAUGCAGGGGGGCACGGUGUGCGUGCCGAGCGAGGCGGGGCGGGUCGACAACCUCGGGGCGGCGAUCCUGGCCAGCGGCGCCAACAUGGCGCACAUGACGCCGAGCGUGGCGCGCGUGCUGGAGGACCCCGAGACGGUGAUGCGCUCGCUGGACGUGCUGGGCCUCGGCGGCGAGGCGGUCAGCGCCGGCGACGCGGCCGCCUGGAGUCGCCUGACCAAGGUGGUCAUCGCCUACGGGCCGUCCGAGUGCACCGUGGGCUGCACCAUCAACCACGAGGUGUGCGCCGACAACACCACCAUCGGCAAGGGCACCGGCGCCGUCACCUGGAUCGUCCACCCGGACGACCACAACCGGCUGAUGCCCGUCGGGUCCGUCGGCGAGCUGCUGAUCGAGGGCCCCGUCGUCGGCCUCGGCUACCUCGGCCAGCCCGACAAGACGGCCGAGGUUUUUGUCAGGGACCCCAUCUGGCUGCGCCAGGGCCACACCGGGUCCAAGGGCCGCCGCGGCCUGCUCUACAAGACGGGCGACCUGGUCAAGUACGACGCCAACGGCUACAUUGUGUUUGUCGGCCGCAAGGACCAGCAGGUCAAGCUGCGCGGGCAGCGCAUCGAGCUGUCCGAGAUCGAGUACCACCUGCGCAAGAACCUGCCGCCCUGCGUCAAGAUCGCGGCCGAGGUGGUGCGUCCGAGCGGCGCAGAGCCGACGCUGGUGGUGUUUGUGGACGAGCAGCAGCCCGUGGUCAACGGCACCAAGACCAAGACCAAAAAGGUCAAAAACGACAAGGUCGGCCUCGACGACGUGGUCAAGCUCAGCCCCGAGCUGGGCGCCAUCGUGGCCGACAUGGACGGCCUGCUGGGCGAGGAGCUGCCGCGCUACAUGGUCCCCGCCGCCUACAUCCCGCUGCAGAGCAUGCCGGUGCUGGCCUCGGCCAAGAUCGACCGCAAGCGGCUCAAGGCCCUGGGCGCCUCCAUGACGCGCGAGCAGAUUGCAAAGCUGCGGCUGCUGGCGCCCAAGCCCGCGAGGCCCCUCAGCGACCUGGAGCGGUCCCUCGCGUCGCUCUGGGCGAGGGUCCUCGGCACCGACGUCGAGAUUGGUCUGCGGGACAGCUUCUUUGGCAUCGGCGGCGAUUCGCUGAGGGCCAUGAAGCUCGUCUCGGCCGCGCGGGGCGAGGGCAUCGCUCUCACCGUCGCGCAGGUCUUUGACAACCACACGCUCGUGGACAUGGCUGCCGUUGCUGUUGUCGACGGUGACCUGGGCAGCUCUGAACCGCAAAAUAUUGCUCCCUUUUCCCUGAUUGAAAAGACGUGGACGCCCGAGGAGGCGAGACGAGCCGCGAGUAAAUACUGCAACGUCAAGGAGUCAGCGGUUGAGGAUGUUUACCCCUGCACUCCUCUGCAGGAGGGCCUCAUGGCUCUGUCGGCCAAGUUCCCAGACUCGUAUGUUGCUCAGCGAGUUUUGCGACUGGCAGACAUGACCGAGGCGAGAAGGCUCCAAGGUGCGUUUGAGACGGCGGCUAGGGAGUCUGCCAUUCUCAGGACGCGCAUCAUCCAAGUCCCUGGUCACGGCCUGCAGCAGGUCGUGGUUCAGGGGCCGAUCGAGUGGCGCUCGGGCGCAACAGUCGAGGCGUAUCUCGAGGCGGACCGAGACGAGCCCAUGGACCUGGGCAAGCCUCUUGUGCGCUACGGCCUGGUUCGAAGCGCGGACCAGGUCGACUUUGUCCUGACCAUGCACCACGCGCUGUACGACGGCUGGGCGAUGCCUCUCGUCAUUGACCGGGUCAACCGGGCCUACGACGGCCUCGCCACCGAGAGGCCGGCCGAGUUCAAGCACUUUAUCCGGUUCCUCAGCGAGGUGGACCAGGGCGCCUGCGAGGCCUACUGGCGCCAGCAGCUGGAGGGAGCCACGGCGGUCCAGUUCCCCGCCCUGCCGCACGAGGGCUACAUGACGCAGGCCGACUCCCUGCUGGAGAUGACGGUCCCCGCGCCGCCCAGGAGCAGCGGCUCGGCCACCACGACGGCCACCAUUGUGCGCGGGGCCUGGGCGCUCGUGGCAGCCACGUUUGCCGGGCACGACGACGUGGUCUUUGGCGAGACGCUGACGGGCCGCAACGCCCCCGUGGCGGGCGCCGACCUCAUCGAGGGCCCCAUGAUCACCACGGUGCCGAUCCGCGUGGCCGUGGACCGGCAGUGCCGCGUGGCCGAGUUCCUGGCGCGCAUCCAGGACCAGACGGUGCGCCAGAUCCCCUUUGAGCACACGGGGCUGCAGCACAUCCGCCGCGUCAGCCCCGACGCCAUGGAGGCCUGCGAGCUGCGCACCGGCCUGGUCCUGCACCCCGCCGCCGCCGACCACCCCUUCGACCCCGCCUACCCGGCCAGCCGCCUCGUGCCCGCCAACGACGCCGAGGCCGCCAGGGAGGCCCUCAAGUUCAACACCUACGCCCUCAUGCUGGUGUGCGCCCUGGCCGCCGACGGCUACCACGUCAUGGCCAGCUUCGACUCGCGCGCCGUCGACGUGCCCACCAUGCAGCGCGUGCUGCAGAUGCUCCGCGACGUCACGGCGCUGCUGUGCGAGGGCCUGGUCGACGACCGCGUCAGCGUCGGGGACGUCGUGCGGUCCGUGACGGCGGGCAGCCCUGCCGCCGUCGAGACGCUGGCCGAGCUGGACCUGCUCGGUCGCGGUGCUGUUGGGUCGGUGGAUGUCGGCGCCACGGUGGACAGGGUCUGGCUGGUGGAUCCCGACACGAACCAGCUUCUUGUGCCGCGCGGCGCCGUGGGCGAGAUUGUGGUCGACAGCCCCAGCGCCCUGAGCCUCCCUGCCAUCGACGUUCCGGCGUGGCACAUCCAGGUCCCGGCGGUCGAUGGCGAGGGCGCCGUCCACCUGCACGCCACCGGUCAGCUUGCCAAGUUUGACCAGCAAGGCAAGCUGGUCCACAUGGGCCGCAAGGGCGAGAGGGUCCUGCCGCCUCGGCCGGUAGAGGACAGGUCAGCCAGGGUUCAGAAGGGGUCUGAGCAGCUUUCUGCCAAAGAGGUGCGCUUGCGCAGCCUCUGGGCGCAGAUUUUAUAUAUCGAGGCUGACGGCAUCGGUGCGGACGACAGCUUUUUCAAGCUGGGUGGCGACUCCAUCGGUGCCAUGAAGCUUGUCUCGGAAGCGCGGCCUGCCGGCUUCAAGAUCUCGGUGGCGCAAAUCUUCAAGACCAAGACGCUUGCCGCCAUGGCGGAGAUGGCCGAGGAUAUCAGCAUGACGGCAAACGAGGCGCAGGGAGAGGGUUCCGGCACAAAUGAACCUGUUGCUACUCCCUUUUCGCUUAUCGAGGACGUUGGCGACGUCGACACGUUCGUCGACCAGCAGAUCAAGCCCAAGCUCAGCAAGCCUUGGAAGGUUUCCGACGCCUACCCGACCCGUCCGCUGCAGACCGUUGCGGUUACCGGCAGCACCCAGACGCCCCGCUUCUCGAUGCGCUACGAAGCCAUGUACUUUGACGACCACCGCGGCCUCGACGUGGCCCGCCUGCAGCAGGUCUGUCGCGAGGUGGUGCAACGCAACGAGAUCCUGCGCACGGUGUUUGCCACCGCGCAGAACAAGGUCUGCUACGGCGUCGUGCUCGACGACAUGGCUGCCGAGUUUGACCACCACGACGUGGCACCAGGCACCGACGUGCAAAAGUUCACCCACCAGCUCUGCAACCGGGACAUCGAGGGCGACAUCCCCGAGGGCGCCGCCUUUGUCAAGUGGUACCUCGUCAGGGCGCAAACCAGCGCGACCAGCGCGCCCGGCGCCCUCGUGCUGCGCAUCUCGCACGCGCAGUACGACGAGAUCUGCCUGCCGCUCAUCCUCCGCCAGCUCGAGGCCCUGUACACCGGGCAGGCGGCCGCCGCCGAGACGAUCCCCUUCUCGCGCUUCGUCCACCACACCCUCGGCACCGCGAACCCCCGCAGCGUCGGCUACUGGAGGGAACUGCUGGCGGGCUCGGCGCCGCCGACGGUGCUGCGGCCGGACCUCGGGGCCAUGACGCAGGUGCCCGCGGCGGGCCGGCGGCACUAUGCCGUGGACCGGACGCUGGACAUCUCGGGGGCGGCGGGCACGGCGGCGGGCAUCACGGUGGCGACCAUCCCGACGGCGGCCUGGGCGCUGUGCCUGGCGCGGCGGCGCGGGCUGGCCGACGUGCUCUUUGGCGAGGUGGUGUCGGGCCGCGGCACGGGGUUCGCGGCGGCCGAGCGCGUCGUCGGCCCCUGCUGGCAGUACGUGCCGUUCCGCGCGCGGUUCGCCCCCGGCGUCACCACCGGCGCCGACCUGCUCGAGGCCGUGCAGGAGCAGCACGCCGCCUCGUCGGCGCACGAGGGCCUGGCCCUCGCCGAGAUUGCCCGCCUGUGCUGCCCCGGCUGGCCGGCCGUCGACUGGUUCGACACCGUCGUCCACCAGGACGUCGAGCACGUCGAGGACCUGGGCUUCCGCGGCCUCGGCGCCACCACCGAGACCAUCUACCCGCACCAGGAGCCGCUGCGCGAGUGGAAGUGCCAGGCCUUUGUGGCGGAUGGGGGCAGGAGGCUGACCGUGGAGAUUGUCACGUUUGAGGCCUGGAGGGAGCAGGCCGACGAGGUGCUGGCCGAGGUUGCCGCCUGUGUGGAGGAGUUGGUUGGCAGGCCUGGUGAUGUUUUGCGGUUGUGAGGCUGUGAGGUUGUGAUGUUGUGAGGUUGCUGUUGUUGUGGUUGUUUUCGUUGUUGUAUAAUUGCCCACUUUUCUUUGUGUUUCUUUUUCUUUUGUUUCUUUUGCUUGUGUUUUCUUUUUCUCGUGUAUACCUGCCAUACAGCGCAUCUCCUUUGUCACUGAUUAUUGCUCGAAACGUUCAGAAUACCAUCUUUUGAUAUCAUGUUUUCUUUUUUAAAUCACAAAUCAACCCCUUUUGCUUGCAUAGCCCAUUUUAUCCAAACUAGCAAUACAUUUUUUCAUAACAUUGGCUGUGAUAAUGUCU